AUGGCGAUGUUUAGAUCUACUCGGGCGGUAUGGAGCUUGUCUAUUAUCUCGAUAAUAUUUAUAAAACGGAUUUCGUGUGAUCAGCGGUAUAAUUCUGGUUCAUACCAUUGUUCAUACGAGGAUAUCGAAAACGUUCCUUGUCCAAAGGAAUGUCAAUGUUACAGUUGGAGCUCGAACAAUGUAACGCAAAGAGGUGAUCGUUUUACUGUGAAUUGCACUAGCAUGAAGCUACGUUAUCACACCAGAAACAUACUAAAGUCUCUCCCAUUUAACACUACUGAUUUACUAGUUACUAAUUUCUUAAUUGACACGUUGAAUAGGGAAUCAUUUGACAGAGACAACAUACUUGGACCAAAUUUAACAAGUUUGGUACUUCGGGAAUGCCACAUUGGAUACAUAUCUGAGCAUACGUUCACAGCAAACACCGUGCAAGGAUUGCAUCAUCUUGACUUGAGUGAAAACAUAAUCAAACAUAUACAUAAACUCGCGUUUAUUCCUUUACAAAACAUCAGGACUAUCUCGUUAGCUAAUAACUCUAUUCAAAAAAUAGAAAGACUUGAAUUUAGGGAAUCAAAUCAAGUCCGGCUGAUUAAUAUAUCCCACAACAAGCUGACGGAAGUAGACCUUGGUACAUUUUACCACGUCCCAAGACUCAAGGUUCUGGAUCUUUCGUAUAACUAUCUGAAAACUUUACCCUGGGAUAAUAUUUCACAGCAGCUGUCGUCCUUAGAAGAACUUGAUUUAACAGGCAACCCUUGGAAUUGCUCUUGUGAAAUGAAGGACAUACUUAAAUUAAAUCGGCCAUUGCUCAAUGGAUCUCCGGCUAAAUGUUUCGAACCUCAGCGGCUCUGCGGAACUUUACUGGAAGACCUGAACUCAGAUACAUUCUCACAUUGCUACAUCACAGAACAGUACUUUUACCUUAAGUUGUUCUUGAGUAUUAUAGUGGGUAUUAUAAUGGAUAUUAUAGUGGCCACAUACUGUGAUCUUAAGGCAUCUCCAUUCGAAAGAAAAGAAGUUGGCAAAGCAAAGGAAUCUCUAUCCGAAAGAGAAAUAGUUGACAAAGAAACGGCUGGAAAGGUCAAAAAAGCCGAAGAGAAAAAUGAAAUUCGGCAAAUAAUAGAUCAUUUUUAUUCAGAGCAUAUUAAGCUGAUUGGACAAAUUUGGUACGACACUAAAUGCCGUCUUGAUCAGCAUAAAACUGCUUACAAGGGGGGAUUGAAAGAUGGGCAAGAAGCAGCCAUUAAGUUCUGUCAUAAGGUAGAAGUCCGUGAGGAAUUGAGAAUCUUUCUCCAUUUGGCAAAAGAAGCCCGACCACAUCCUAAUAUUAUUCGGUAUCUAUGUGUGGAGCAUGAUUCAAAUCUUACAUACCUAGCCCUUGAACUCUGUGAGGGUAACCUAAUAACAGCUGUUAUUGAUGACCCACUGAAUUGCAUUUUACAACUGACAUCGGCAGUUUGUUUCCUUCAUGACAAAAAUAUUCAGCAUCGCGAUAUUAAACCACGAAAUAUCCUUUGGAAGAAUACAGACGGCGGAAUUGCCCUUAUUCUUUCAGACUUCGAUUUGAGUAAACUAAGCGAGGAAUCGUCCUCGCAUAAAUCCAAGCGUGGUACUGAAGGUUGGAGUGCUCCUGAACUGUGGGGCCAAGAAACACGGUCAACUGCUGUAGAUAUUUUUUCUCUUAGUUGUGUGUUUUAUUUUAUUUUGACAGGGGGACAUCCUUUCGGAGAAAUUUUACAUCUCAAAAAAUGUCAAGACAAUAUUAUGUCACCAGAGUACAAACCCACCUUUGCUGAACUAAAAAAACAAACAAAAAACCCACAAAAAAACCCGCAAACCCACUUUUAUGAACACCACAGUGAGCAUGAAGCUUCCAUGGCAGAAGAUCUUAUACGUAGGAUGAUCUGUUCAAAUGCUGAGGAUCGGAUACAAUCUCAGAAAAUCAAGGAACAUCCUUUCCUUUGGAGCAGAAUGAAAAUGCGGAACUUUUUUACCAGGCUUGGUAAUUAUGUUAAGGAUAAAGAAAACCCAAAUGUAAUUAGUUUUAAGGACAAGUUGGAAGAAGAUGCAAGCGUAGUUUUUGAUGGAAAUUGGUUGGAUAGACUACACCCAGUUGCUCGAAGUGAUGUGAAGAACUACGACGGAGACAAAAUAUGCAGUCUUUUACAGGUAAUUCGAAAUAAAAUCGAGCAUUUUGAGCAGAUCAGGGUCAUGGAGCUGCGGAAAAUUUACUUGGAGAGUCCGGAUGGUGUUGUAGAGUAUUUUACGGGACUUUUCCCAAAUCUUGUUCCAUAUACAUAUCGUAUCCUGGAAAUGAGCAAACUGGAACUUUAA